AUGCUGGAUCUCUUUGAUUUCGAGUCCGGCGGGAAGGUGAGUGGCCAGAAGUUUUUGUACUUCAAGAAUGGCGCAGCGCUCCUGGAGCUGGCUCUCAUCCAAUGGGCCACGCACCAGGCGGUGAAGCGAGGCUUCCAGCCCUUCAUUCCGCCAGACCUCGUGCGGGCUCCAGUGGUGGCGGGCUGCGGCUUUGCCCCCCGGGACGAUGAAGCUACCCAGAGAUUCGGCGGAUUUGUCGAAGACUCGCUCUGCGCAGAGCUGCCACCACCUGCCACCAGACCGGUGGAGCGACCGCCCCUCCAGACCGGUGGAGCGAGUCUCCUCCUAAGGAUCUACGAGGUGAGUGAUUCAGAUCUUUGUCUAGCUGGAACAGCGGAGAUUCCUAUGGCAGGCAUGUUCCUGAACGAGACGCUGAUCGCUUCGAAGGAGCUCCCGAAGCGACUGGUGGCUUUCAGUCACGCCUUCCGGACCGAGGCAGGAUCCUCAGGGUCCGAGAACCGCGGCAUUUAUCGGCUGCACCAAUUCAGCAAGGUGGAGCUCUUUGCCGUGACCCGCAGCGAGGUCGAGGAGUCCAACAAGAUGUUGGAAGAGAUCCGAGCUUUGGAGGAGGAGCUCUUUACUGAGCUGGGCCUUUGCUUCCGAGUGCUGGACAUGCCCACGGAGGAGCUGGGGGCGCCAGCCUAUCGGAAGUACGACAUGGAGGCCUGGAUGCCGGGCCUGGAGAAGUGGGGUGAGAUCUCCUCCUGCUCCAGCUGCACCGACUUCCAGGCCAGACGUCUCAAUAUCCGUCACAAGGAGGAGUACAACCAGAAGGGGAACCUCCAGUUCGCCCACACGCUGAACGGCACCGCCUGCGCGGUGCCUCGGAUGAUCAUCUCCAUCUUGGAAACCUUCCAGAACGAGGAUGGGUCCGUGAGCAUUCCAGAGGUACUUCAGCCAUACAUGAUGGGCAUGAAGGUGCUUGAGCCUAAAGCGCACUGA